GGGAUUCUCAGCGGCGGCAGUCCCAUUAGUAUAAAAGGAAAUAAUCGCAAUGGGCACCACCGACUCAAAACUGAACUUCAGGAAAGCAGUGAUUCAGCUGACAACCAAAACACAGCCAGUGGAAGCCACAGAUGAUGCCUUCUGGGACCAGUUCUGGGCAGACACUACCACCACAGUCCAGGAUGUUUUUGCACUGGUGCCAGCUGCAGAGAUAAGAGCUGUUCGAGAGGAGUCCCCCUCAAAUUUAGCAACCCUAUGCUAUAAGGCAGUGGAGAGGCUGGUACAGGGGGCAGAGUCUGGCUGCCCUACAGAGAGGGAGAAGCAGGUGAUCCUGAACUGUACUCGUAUCCUGACCCGCAUCCUUCCAUACAUCUUUGAGGACCAGGACUGGAGAGGAUUCUUCUGGUCAACGGUGCCCGGUGCUGGGCGGGCUGGGACAGAUGAGCUCGAUGAUGAUGACGGAGCUCGACCACUGGCCGAGUCGCUGCUCCUGGCUAUCGCUGACCUGCUCUUCUGCCCUGACUUCACCGUGCAUAGCCACAAGAGAGGCCCUGACUCAGUAGAGAACAUGCAGUCUAUAGACAGCUGUGAAUACAUCUGGGAGGCAGGGGUUGGCUUCGCACAGUCCCCCCCUCUUAAUUACAUCCAUGACUUGAACAGGACAGAGCUGCUAAGAUUGUUACUAACCUGCUUUUCUGAGGCCAUGUACCUGCCUCCUUCAACAGACAAUAGCGUCCUCAACCCCUGGGUGACAUUCUUUUGUUCCACAGAAAAUAGGCAUGCCUUACCACUGUUCACCUCUCUGCUCAAUGUGGUGUGUGCCUAUGAUCCAGUGGGCUAUGGCAUCCCAUACAACCAUCUGCUCUUCUCUGACUACCGGGAACAGCUAGUGGAGCAGGCCGUACAAAUCCUCAUUGUGACACUGGAGCAUGAUGGAGGGGUUCCCUACCGGCCUCCCUCUCCAUCCAGCAUGGAGGAACAAGAGACUACAGGCCCUGAAAACCUGUUUGUGAAUUAUUUGUCAAGGAUUCAUAGAGAGGAGGACUUUGACUUUGUACUGAAGGGUCUUGCUCGUUUGCUGACCAACCCUUUGACUCAGACUUACCUGCCCAACUCCACCAAGAAGAUCCAGUUCCACCAAGAGCUUUUGGUGCUUUUCUGGAAGCUUUGUGACUUCAAUAAGAAAUUCCUGUUUUUUGUCCUGAAGAGUAGUGAUGUCUUGGAUAUUCUGGUUCCUAUUCUCUACUACCUUAAUGAUGCCAGGGCUGACCAGUCCCGUGUUGGACUCAUGCACAUUGGUGUGUUCAUUUUGCUACUGCUGAGUGGGGAGAGAAACUUUGGAGUGCGCCUGAAUAAGCCCUACUCUAUCCAUGUGCCAAUGGACAUCCCAGUUUUUACAGGGACUCAUGCUGAUCUGCUUAUAGUGGUCUUCCACAAGAUUAUCACCACAGGCCAUCAGCGUCUCCAGCCCCUAUUUGACUGCCUCCUCACCAUUGUUGUUAAUGUGUCUCCCUAUUUGAAGAGCCUAUCCAUGGUAGCAGCUAAUAAACUGCUCCACCUACUGGAGGCCUUCUCCACAAGCUGGUACCUGUUCUCUGCAGCCCAGAACCAUCACCUUGUAUUCUUCCUUCUUGAGGCGUUUAACAAUAUCAUCCAGUACCAGUUUGAUGGAAACUGUAACCUGGUGUACGCCAUCAUCCGCAAACGUAACGUGUUCCACCAGCUGGCGAAUCUGCCAUCUGAUUCCGGUUCCAUUCAGAAGGCUUUGCAGAGAAAGAGGAAGUCUCCAGAUGUCAUUUCCCGCACCAGCUCCCAGGAGACUGUGUCCAUGGAGGGCUCUCACCCUGCAGUGCCAGCAGAGCCUGGUACAUUAAAAACCAGUCUGGUCGCUAUGCCAGGCAUUGAUAAACUGACUGAGAAGUCUCAAGUAUCAGAGGAUGGUACCAUGGUCUCAGUCCCAAAGACAGACUCCCCAGACACAGUCCCCUCAGACCAAACAGAAAUGGAGAGAAGACGUUUGUCAAGUGCAUCUUCAACAUCAUUUUGGGCUCCCACACCUGAAUGGGUCCUCUCUUGGAAGUGUAAGCUACCCCUGCAGACUAUCAUGCGUCUGCUGCAAGUGCUAGUUCCCCAGGUGGAGAAGAUCUGCAUUGACAAGGGUCUGACAGAUGAAUCAGAGAUCCUCAAGUUUCUCCAGCAUGGCACAUUAGUGGGCCUGCUGCCAGUUCCUCACCCCAUCCUCAUCAGAAAGUAUCAGGCCAAUGCAGGCACUGCAAUGUGGUUUCGCACCUACAUGUGGGGUGUAGUCUAUUUGCGCAAUGUGGACCCUCCUAUCUGGUAUGACACUGAUGUCCGCCUUUUUGAAAUUCAGAGGAUGUAAACAGAGCAUUUUCUGACUAGAAUGGGAAUGUUCAAUACCAGGAUUCCUCUUCCCUUCAGUAUAUACUGGUUUCACCGUAAACCUCACUGUGUUUAACUUGCCUCGUAAUCAUCAUAAUG